AUGAAGCACCUUCUUCCAAGAGCGGCGGCUUUGGCCGUGGCCUUCCUCUCCGCGCCCGUGCUGGCGCUCUUUGAGGAGACCAUGGUCGAGUUCAGGGCAUCCAGCAGCUCCAUUGACAUCACGACCGCCCCGAUCGUGCUCUCGUCUGACGACUGGACUGGCGUCCACAUCGCUGCCGAUUCCCUUUCGAGCGAUCUCGAGGCGAUUACAGAGGUCAGCCGUGACCUAUUCAGUUACGCCGUGGAUGAAGCCGAAGAGUACCUCGUCAACUUGACGAGCAUAGUCAUUGCCGGCUCCGUCGACUCUGCUCUGAUUCGGUCUCUAGUGGAUGCCGAGAUUCUUGAUGUCGCGGAUAUCGAGGGCAAAUGGGAGUCUUUCAAGACCACUGUUGUAGACGCGCCGUUCCCUGGUGUGGACAGCGCCUUGGUUAUUGCGGGUAGUGAUAAGCGAGGCACCAUCUUUGGUAUCCACACUCUGGCAGAGCAGUGUGGACAAUCGCCGUUCCACUGGUUCUCCGACGUGCCACCUAAAAGCAUGCUCUUGGACUCCUCCCCGGGCAACAUCUUCUUCACAGACGACCCCGGAAAUCAGCAGUUGGCGGAUGACUACGGUAUCGUCAUAUCCACUGCUCAUCACGAGCCCAUGCAAAGGGCUACCAAUGAAUGGGAUGAGUCCGGCCUUGGUGCCUGGGACUGGUCCAAGAACCGCGAGAACAUGACCGACUUCAUGGAGGUGGGCAUAGAGAGGGCUGGAAACAACGAAUCUUACUUCACCAUCGGCCUGCGUGGCUUGGGUGAUGAGGCAGCCAACACAGAGAAUGCCAUUGAAAUGCUCAAGGAAGUGUUUGAGGUUCAGCGAGGCAUCAUUGAAAAGUAUCACGGCGCUCCGGAUGCUGACGUCACUCUCUUGUUCCCCGAUGACAACUGGGGUAACGUGUACCGCCUACCCACUGGUGAUGAAGUCUCAAGGAAAGGAGGCAGCGGCGUUUACUAUCACUUCGAGUAUGUGGGACUUCCACGCUCGUACAAGUGGGCCAAUACCAACAAUCUCGCCAAGGUCCUAAAGGAGCUCAUGCACUCGUAUCUUCGCGGCGCCGACCGUAUCUGGAUCGUCAACGUUGGCGACAUUAAGCCGAUGGAGAUUCCCUUUGCUUUUGCCAUGGACUUGGCCUGGAACGUGUCCAACUUUAGCUUUAGCAAGAUACCUACCUAUCUCAAGCUUCUUGCCACCCGCGAGUUUGGCGCGGACCAUGCGGAAGAGAUCGCCGACAUACUCAUGGAGCACAGCCAUCUCAUCGGCAUGCGCCGUUUCGAACUCGUCACGGCUGACACUUUCUCUACGCUCAACUACCACGAGGCUGAGCGUAUCCUGGGCCGCUGGAAGGCUUUAUCCGCACGAGCCAAGGCCGUCUACGACCAGCUUGACGGCCAACUCCAGCCAGCUUUCUACCAGCUUGUCUACCACCCCGUCGCCUCCGGGUCCAUCUAUUACUCCGUCAUGAUCGGUGUGGGCACCAACUACAAGUACGCCCUGGAGCGCCGAAACACGGCCAAUGCCGUCGCCCGCCAGGUCCUCGACGAUUUUGAUGCUAGUUACGACAUGGCUGUGUACGACGCUGCGUGGCAGGAGCCAAAGUCAUGGGCUGGUCCUGCUAGGGACAUGCUCGCAAACCUGUCGUUCGUCCAACUUCGACAGGAUAUGCAAUUCUCUCUCGGAAACCUGGGUAUUUACGCCGAACAGUCCAUCAGCCCGAUUGAACAGGGACGCUGGGCUGAGUCUGUCGACUCGUCCAUGCCCACCACCGGAUAUACGGCCCUCCUGCCCCAGAUGGACCGAUUCGGCCCCGGCGUAAGACAUGUUGACCUGUUCGCCCGAGGAGAUUACAGGGUCCCGAUUGAUUGGGAGUUGGACGAGAUAUCGGUGGAUUUUAUCAAGAUCACGCCAACGAGCGGGACUCUUGAUAAAGACAAGACCGAGCAGCGCCUCAACGUCACCAUAGAUUGGAGCAAGGUCCCUACUGACUUUGACGACACGGUCAACGUCGGCAUCACUUCCACCCCGGCAAGGUACCCGUACUUUGAUCUCAUUCGCAUCCCGGUGGUGAACACGCUUGUUCCUACCGAUUUUAAGGGAUUCCCCGAAUCCGCCGGCCUCAUUUCGCUCGAGGCACCGCAUUUCCAGCGCUCAUCGGCCAUUACGAAUCAGAAGACGGAGGAGAAGGACCCAGUCGUGGGCUUCUCAGUAGAAAAUGCUGCGACCUCGGCAUGGGUAGAGUAUGACAUCUAUCUCUUCUCCGACGCGGAGGCGGUGGACGCGACGGUGUAUAUCAACGGAUGUCUUGAUACCGACCCUAAGUUGCGGAUGGAGUUCUCCUCACUGUGGGCGAAGCACCCUCAAACUUUACCCGUGUGCUAG